CACUGUUUCUAACGGACCAGACUCUGAAGUUCUCCCGGUGAGUGGAUCCAGAUCUCUGGGAGAGGAGCUCCCCGGUCCCGGUGUUUCAGGGACUGCUGACCUCUGACCUCCACCAUGAGCUCCCGGGUGUGCAGGACCUGCGGGGGGUCUGAUAUUGACGUGGACCAGGCUCGUGGCAGCGCCGUGUGCACCAGCUGUGGUUCGGUUCUGGAGGACAACAUCAUCGUGUCCGAGGUCCAGUUUGUGGAGGGAAGCGGAGGCGUGUCGUCCGCCGUGGGACAGUUUGUGUCUGCUGAUGGUCCCGUUAAAGCGCCACUUCUUGGUUCUGGUUUCCACACCAGCGUUGGUAAAGAGUCGCGAGCCCAGACACUUCAGAACGGUAAGCGUCAGAUCCAGCAGCUGGGCAGUCAGUUGCAGCUCAACCAGCACUGCCUCGACACCGCCUUCAACUUCUUCAAGCUAGUCGUCAGCAAACACCUGACCCGGGGCCGCAAGACAGAGCACGUCAUCGCUGCCUGCCUCUACCUUGUGUGCCGCACUGAGGGCACGCCACACAUGCUGCUGGACCUCAGCGAUCUGCUGCAGGUAAAUGUCUACAUCUUGGGAAAGACCUUCCUGCUGCUGGCUCGUGAGCUCUGCAUCAAUGCUCCCGCCAUUGACCCCUGUCUGUACAUUCCUCGCUUUGCGCACAUGUUGGAGUUUGGGGCGAAGACUCAUGAGGUUUCCAUGACGGCUCUUCGUCUUGUACAGAGGAUGAAGAGGGACUGGAUGCACACAGGACGCCGACCCUCUGGACUCUGUGGAGCAGCACUCCUGGUAGCAGCUCGGAUGCAUAAGUUUCGGCGUUCAGUGAAGGACGUGAUUGGCGUGGUGAAGGUCUGCCAGACCACACUGAGGAAGAGGUUAACUGAGUUUGAGGACACGCCCACCAGUCAGCUGACCAUUGAUGAGUUCAUGAGAGUAGAUCUGGAGCAGGAGUGCGACCCCCCCUCAUUCACUGCUGCACAGCACAAAGCCAAAAUGCAGCAGUUAGAGCAGGAGCUGGCUAAGAAACUGGAUGAGGUCGAAGGAGAGAUCAGCUGCUACAAAGACGAGAUUGAAACCGAGCUGGAGAAGAGUCGGCCCAAACUCAGAGGAAUCUACGCCGCUUACACCAAAGAAGUUGACCCCGAGGACAACGGCGAGGUUUUGUCAAUGCCAUCAGAGCCCGAGGAGGUUGAGAGCGAAGAUGUGGAAUUACAAGCGGCCACCCACCACCUGACUGAGGACUUCCUGUGUCAGGUGAUCCAGGAGGAGGAGGUACGUGGCAUGAAGGGAGAUCCGGUGGCAGAGCCAGAGAAGGAGUCGAUGGGACCACACCGUCAGGCUGCCUCUCUGACCUCCAUUCUGGGAAAACUGCCAAGCGCCGCCAGCCUGAGCCUCCAGCAGACUUUCCAGACCUCGGACACAUCAGAGAGUGGCGAGAAAGAUCUCGGUGACCACCCACAGAGCGAGGAGCUGGACCUGGAAGGUAUUGAUGAUCAAGAGAUCGAUAAGUACAUCCUAAAUGAGAAGGAGGUUCAGGUGAAGACGGAGCUGUGGAUGAAGCAGAACGCCGAAUACCUGAAGGAGCAGAAAGAGAAACAGGAGCGGAUAAACAAAGAGAAGGAGGAGGGCACCUACAAGGAGAAGAAGAAGAAGAAGUCUAAGAAGCGGGAGCAGAUUGAGGCAUUGACAGCGGGCGAGGCGAUUGAGAGAAUGUUAGAGAAGAAGAAGAUCUCCAGUAAGAUCAACUACGAUGUCCUUAGAGAUCUUAACCGAGGAACAGGAAGUCCGACCAGGUCCCCCGACCACACCCCCGAUACCACCGUAGCACGAAAACGACUCAACCGCCGCCGGCGCAGGAAGACCAGUGACAGUAACCAAGACCUUGCAGCCAACACCAGCAUUAUGGGCAAGAGGUUCCGCCACCUCAUUUCCUCCACACCAAAGAAGAAGAAAACAGCUCAUCAGGUAGAGAGAACAGUCACAGUGGUUACAGAAACAGAAACACCAGCAGAGACUGAGUCCAACCCACCCCUUGACUCUGCAGCAGAAACAAGCCCCACCCUCCCAACUGCUCCAUCCCCCAUGGAGGAGGAAGAGGAAGAGGAGGAGGAGGAGUGUGUUAGCGCUCUGCAGCUGGUGGGAGAUUACGGUUGUGAUGCAGAUGAGGAGGAGAUCUUUUGACUCCGCUUGCUGACCUUUUGACCCAACUGAAGAAACUCCAUCCAGGCUCCAGAGCCAAGGCAGCUGAUCCAUAUCUCACAGAUCAAUAACCAGUGUCAAGGGAAUGAGUUACUGAUCGGUUUUUAUUUGCCCUUUAAUUGAUCCGUGAUCAUUUUUAUUGAUCCUCCUACUGAGGUUUUUAGACGCUUUUGUAUUGACGUUAAAACCAGCUGUGUGUGUGUAUGUAAUUGUGUGUGUUUGUUGAUCCUGUAUUUCAAUACAAACAAACAAUAAGACAAACAUUCCUUCACAAUAAAGAAACUGACAGUGGUGACGA